GGCAAGUUCAAAGACGAUAGAGAAGGGUUGACUUAUGGCGCAAAAUUAUAUGGUGAGCAUGUUGUCGUGCUCAUCUUCGCGCGAACUUGCUUUGAUGAGGUCAUAGUGACGUCAUACCAGAACUGAGGACCGACCCUCACUUCUACGCAGGUGUGUCUAGUGUCAAGAUGGCGGACGUGGCAUGGUAAGCGAAAGUGCGAAGAUUGAUUGUGAACAAUUGAAGAAACACCUCAACUGCAAUGUCGAGAACAUCAGAACCUGCUGCAGUGAGGCUUCGGUCACGGAGUCAAGCCAAACUAACCAAUCACUUCACAACAUUGAAGCACUCAUCAUCAAAUGGGUCAGUCAACAUAAUGAAUACCCCAGAAGUCAUCAGCACACCAAGUCAGAAUGGAAUUUCUCAUCUGAGACAGAGGCUAGAAGACCGUUUGGAGGGAAGAGGCAGUGUGGAGGCUGAAGACAACACAAGUCCAGGUCUGGCACGACUCAGGAUGACUCCAGGUCGCAUAUUAAGGAACAAACAGGAAGUGUUGAUAAAGAAGCAUGAGGAAGUGCGGCAGCGGGCAGACAAGCUCAGUGUUGGGGGAGGUGUCUCACUCUGGCCACAGAUGGAGAGGAUGAAGCUGAAUUCAGGGGAGACAAUUCAGCUCAUCCUGACAUCACUCGGACUCAUGUUCACAGUGGUGUUUACUUUUUAUAAGUUCCACGGUUGUUCCCUGGCAGACUUACAAGCCUACACCGAUAAGCUGAACACCUUCUCCAGACAUCAUGUGAUUGGCAUUAAUGAAGGGCAGGAGAGAUUCAAGUCAUCUCUCAUUUCCUGGCAUACAAAGUACAAGACAUUACUGUCUUUGAUACACAAGAGGUUUGACAUCAACUCUUCGUCUGGCGUGGACAUCGUGUUUCUCUGUGGCUACCUGAUGGGGCUGGCUGUCUUGAUGUACUAUCUCGUUGAUAAUAUGUUUGCCAAGAGCAGACUGUCACCAAGAAGAAUAAAAAACUGGGUGACUCUUCUGACUGUGAUUGGCACAUGGACCGUACUCUUGUUGUAUUGGUUAGUCUUGGCUCACCAGCUAGAGUAUGCUGUAGAAACAAAUGUGCACCGUCUCUCUGAAACACUGGGUGACCUUGUGGACACUGACCUUGACCUCCAGAUAUUUCAUACAGUGCUGAGUUAUUGGCGUACACGCUGCUUACCACCUACCACACAUGGCACAUUGUCCAUACUGAGUGUUCUUCCUGUGCGGGACGUCAUGUACUAUCUACAGUACUACAGCCUCCCUAUCAUCACUGUACUUCUUACACCGGUGCUCAGUCUCAUGGUGGCUCUCUGUCAGGUAUACAGGCUAGAAGCUGUGUAGGAGUAUUCACGUCUGAAAAAUACAAUGGGAAAACAUGUGGCUCACUUCUUACACACUGUUGCAUGUGUCUCACUUUGCUCACACAUAUCUCAUGUAGCUCACUGUUCUCACACACAUCUCAUGUAGCUCACUGUUCUCACACACAUCUCAUGCAGCUCACUGUUCUCACACACAUCUAAUGCAGCUCACUGUUCUCACACACAUCUCAUGUAGCUCACUGUUCUCACACACAUCUCAUGCAGCUCACUGUUCUCACACACAUCUAAUGCAGCUCACUGUUCUCACACACAUCUCAUGUAGCUCACUGUUCUCACACACAUCUCAUGCAUCUCACUGUUCUCACACACAUCUCAUGUAGCUCACUGUUCUCACACACAUCUCAUGCAGCUCACUGUUCUCACACACAUCCCAUGUAGCUCACUGUUCUCACACACAUCUCAUGUAGCUCACUGUUCUCACACACAUCUCAUGCAGCUCACUGUUCUCACACACAUCUCAUGCAGCUCACUGUUCUCACACACAUCUCAUGUAGCUCACUGUUCUCACACACAUCUCAUGCAGCUCAAUGUUCUCACACACAUCUCAUGCAGCUCACUGUUCUCACACACAUCCCAUGUAGCUCACUGUUCUCACACAUCUCAUGUAGCUCACUGUUCCCACACAUCUCUUGCAGCUCACUGUUCCCACACAUCUCAUGUAGCUCACUGUUCCCACACAUCUCAUGUAGCUCACUGUUCUCACACACAUCUCAUGUAGCUCACUGUUCUCACACACAUCUCAUGUAGCUCACUGUUCUCACACAUCUCAUGCAGCUCAAUGUUCUCACACACAUCUCAUGUAGCUCAAUGUUCUCACACACAUCUCAUGUAGCUCACUGUUCUCACACACAUCUCAUGCAGCUCACUGUUCUCACACACAUCUCAUGCAGCUCACUGUUCUCACACACAUCCCAUGUAGUUCACUGUUCUCACACAUCUCAUGUAGCUCACUGUUCCCACACACCUCAUGUAGCUCACUGUUAUCACAUAUCUCAUAUAGCUCACUUUUGCCACACACCUCAUGUAGCUCACUGUUAUCACAUAUCUCAUAUAGCUCACUUUUACCACACACCCCAUGUAGCUCACUGUUAUCACAUAUCUCAUAUAGCUCACUUUUACCACACACCUCAUGUAGCUCACUGUUUUCACAUAUCUCACGUAGCUCACUGUUCCCACACACCUAAUGUAGCUCACUGUCAUCACAUAUCUCAUAUAGCUCACUUUUACCACACACCUCAUGUAGCUCACUGUUAUCACAUAUCUCAUGUAGCUCACUGUUCCCACACAUCUCAUGUAGCUCACUGUUAUCACAUAUCUCAUGUAGCUCACUUUUACCACACACCUCAUGUAGCUCACUGUUAUCACAUAUCUCAUAUAGCUCACUUUUACCAUACACAGCUUAUGUAGUUCACUGUUCCCACACACACAUCUCAUGUAGCUCACUCUUCCCACACACCUCAUGCAGCUCACUGUUCCCACACACCUCAUGUAGCUCACUGUUCCCAAACACCUCAUGUAGCUCACUGUUCCCACACACCUCACGUAGCUCACUGUUCCCACACACCUCAUGUAGCUCACUGUUCCCACACACCUCAUAUAGCUCACUGUUCCCACACACCUCAUGUAGCUCACUGUUCCCACACACCUCAUGUAGCUCACUGUUCCCACACACCUCAUGUAGCUCACUGUCCCCACACACCUCAUGUAGCUUACUGUUCCCACACAUAUCUCAUAUAGCUCACUGUUCCCACACACCUCAUGUAGCUCACUGUUCCCACACACUUCAUAUAGCUUACUGUUCCCACACACCUCAUGUAGCUCACUGUUCCCACACACCUAAUGUAGCUCACUGUUCCCACACACCUCAUGUAGCUUACUGUUCCCACACACCUCAUGUAGCUCACUGUUCCCACACACCUCAUGUAGCUCACUGUUCCCACACACCUCAUGUAGCUCACUGUUCCCACACACCUCAUGUAGCUCACUGUUCCCACACACCUCAUGUAGCUCACUGUUCCCACACACCUCAUGUAGCUCACUGUUCCCACACACCUCAUGUAGCUCACUGUUCCCACACACCUCAUAUAGCUCACUGUUCCCACACACCCCAUGUAGCUCACUGUUAUCACAUAUCUCAUGUAGCUCAAUGUUCCCACACACCUCAUGUAGCUCACUGUUAUCACAUAUCUCAUAUAGCUCACUUUUGCCACACACCUCAUGUAGCUCACUGUUAUCACAUAUCUCAUAUAGCUCACUUUUACCACACACCUCAUGUAGCUCACUGUUUUCACAUAUCUCUCGUAGCUCACUGUUCCCACACACCUCAUGUAGCUCACUGUCAUCACAUAUCUCAUAUAGCUCACUGUUCCCACACACCUCAUGUAGCUCACUGUUAUCACAUAUCUCAUAUAGCUCACUUUUACCACACACCUCAUGUAGCUCACUGUUAUCACAUAUCUCAUGUAGCUCACUGUCCCCACACAUCUCAUGUAGCUCACUGUUAUCACAUAUCUCAUGUAGCUCACUUUUACCACACACCUCAUGUAGCUCACUGUUAUCACAUAUCUCAUAUAGCUCACUUUUACCAUACACAGCUUAUGUAGUUCACUGUUCCCACACACACAUCUCAUGUAGCUCACUCUUCCCACACACCUCAUGCAGCUCACUGUUCCCACACACCUCAUGUAGCUCACUGUUCCCAAACACCUCAUGUAGCUCACUGUUCCCACACACCUCAUGUAGCUCACUCUUCCCACACACCUCAUGUAGCUCACUGUUCCCACACACCUCAUGUAGCUCACUGUUCCCACACACCUCAUGUAGCUCACUGUUCCCACACACCUCAUGUAGCUCACUGUUCCCACACACCUCAUGUAGCUCACUGUUCCCACACACCUCAUGUAGCUCACUGUUCCCACACACCUCAUGUAGCUCACUGUUCCCACACACCUCAUGUAGCUCACUGUUCCAACACACCUCAUGUAGCUCACUGUUCCCACACACCCCAUGUAGCUCACUGUUCCCACACACCUCAUAUAGCUCACUGUUCCCACACACCUCAUGUAGCUCACUGUUCCCACACACCUCAUGUAGCUCACUGUUCCAACACACCUCAUAUAGCUCACUGUUCCCACACACCCCAUGUAGCUCACUGUUAUCACAUAUCUCAUGUAGCUCAAUGUUCCCACACACCUCAUGUAGCUCACUGUUAUCACAUAUCUCAUAUAGCUCACUUUUGCCACACACCUCAUGUAGCUCACUGUUAUCACAUAUCUCAUAUAGCUCACUUUUACCACACACCUCAUGUAUCUCACUGUUAUCACAUAUCUCAUAUAGCUCACUUUUACCACACACCUCAUGUAGCUCACUGUUUUCAUAUAUCUCACGUAGCUCACUGUUCCCACACACCUCAUGUAGCUCACUGUCAUCACAUAUCUCAUAUAGCUCACUGUUCCCACACACCUCAUGUAGCUCACUGUUAUCACAUAUCUCAUAUAGCUCACUUUUACCACACACCUCAUGUAGCUCACUGUUAUGACAUAUCUCAUGUAGCUCACUGUUAUCACAUAUCUCAUAUAGCUCACUUUUACCACACACCUCAUGUAGCUCACUGUUAUCACAUAUCUCAUAUAGCUCACUUUUACCACACACCUCAUGUAGCUCACUGUUAUCACAUAUCUCAUGUAGCUCACUGUUCCCACACAUCUCAUGUAGCUCACUGUUAUCACAUAUCUCAUGUAGCUCACUUUUACCACACACCUAAUGUAGCUCACUGUUAUCACAUAUCUCAUAUAGCUCACUUUUACCAUACACAGCUUAUGUAGUUCACUGUUCCCACACACACAUCUCAUGUAGCUCACUCUUCCCACACACCUCAUGCAGCUCACUGUUCCCACACACCUCAUGUAGCUCACUGUUCCCACACACCUCAUGUAGCUCACUGUUCCCACACACCUCAUGUAUCUCACUGUUCCCACACACCUCAUGUAGCUCACUGUUCCCACACACCUCAUAUAGCUCACUGUUCCCACACACCCCAUGUAGCUCACUGUUAUCACAUAUCUCAUGUAGCUCAAUGUUCCCACACACCUCAUGUAGCUCACUGUUCCCACACACCUCAUGUAGCUCACUGUUCCCACACACCUCAUGUAGCUCACUGUUCCCACACACCUCAUGUAGCUCACUGUUCCCACACAUAUCUCAUAUAGCUCACUGUUCCCACACACCUCAUGUAGCUCACUGUUCCCACACACCUCAUGUAGCUCACUGUUCCCACACACCUCAUGUAGCUCACUGUUCCCACACACCUCAUGUAGCUCACUGUUCCCACACACCUCAUGUAGCUCACUGUUCCCACACACCUCAUAUAGCUCACUGUUCCCACACACCUCAUAUAGCUCACUGUUCCCACACACCCCAUGUAGCUCACUGUUAUCACAUAUCUCAUGUAGCUCACUUUUGCCACACACCUCAUGUAGCUCACUGUUAUCACAUAUCUCAUGUAGCUCACUUUUGCCACACACCCCAUGUAGCUCACUGUUAUCACAUAUCUCAUAUAGCUCACUUUUACCACACACCUCAUGUAGCUCACUGUUCCCACACACCUCAUGUAGCUCACUGUUCCCACACACCUCAUGUAGCUCACUGUUCCCACACACCUCAUGUAGCUCACUGUUCCCACACAUAUCUCAUAUAGCUCACUGUUCCCACACACCUCAUGUAGCUCACUGUUCCCACACACCUCAUGUAGCUCACUGUUCCCACACACCUCAUGUAGCUCACUGUUCCCACACACCUCAUGUAGCUCACUGUUCCCACACACCUCAUGUAGCUCACUGUUCCCACACACCUCAUAUAGCUCACUGUUCCCACACACCCCAUGUAGCUCACUGUUAUCACAUAUCUCAUGUAGCUCACUUUUGCCACACACCUCAUGUAGCUCACUGUUAUCACAUAUCUCAUGUAGCUCACUUUUGCCACACACCCCAUGUAGCUCACUGUUAUCACAUAUCUCAUAUAGCUCACUUUUGCCACACACCUCAUGUAGCUCACUGUUAUCACAUAUCUCAUGUAGCUCACUGUUCCCACACACCUCAUGUAGCUCACUGUUCCCACACACCUCAUAUAGCUCACUGUUCCCACACACCUCAUAUAGCUCACUGUUCCCACACACCUCAUGUAGCUCACUGUUCCCACACACCUCAUGUAGCUCACUGUUCCCACACAUAUCUCAUGUAUCACUGUCCUCUUUUUUUAUUAAUCAUGAUAGUAAAAUUUGUAUUACAAUAAACAAGUGUCAAUAUCAGCAAAGCUUUGUUGAGGAUAUAAUUUGUUUAGUUUUAGUUCAUUUAGUUCACGCUGUCCUGUUGGUGCUUCACUAUGUGUUAAAUGGGAAUUGUGUUGUAUCAAUGUGCAAUUAUCAUGCUAACUGGACAGGCGAUUGUUUUUUUUAUUAUAUUCAAUAGUUUGAAGAAGAAAUUAUGGUGCACCACUGUGUUUUGAGUGCAUUGGUGAAUAUCUACAUCAUGAACAUGUUUUUGUGGGUGUGAAGGGUGAAAAGUUGUGCUUUCACUACCAUUGAAUUUACAAUCUAUCAAAUCAGCUGCUAGUAUAUUGUGCAGGGUAUUCUGUGCUCAUGUUUGAUAUAUAUUUAUCUUGUAUUAAUGAAAAUAAAAGUGUAUUUUCGUUAA